GGCCGGGUGACACUUGGGUGCAGCAGCUCCACCAGAGAAGGAAGCGGAGUUUCCGGCUGUUUGAAGCGGAGUGAGAGGACUGCUGACGCCGCGAAUACCCGAGAUAAACGCCGCCGGCUGGGGGGGGCUGAUAAUUUCUAGCAUUGGUAGUGGUCGUUUACUUUCACACCGCGGAAUCUGGGGGUCUGUUUCUUAUUCUUACAAGCCCAGGGGGUCGGUCAGCAAACCAAGCAAAGAAGCGGCACAAGGCGGGGGGAGCCACCAGCUACCGGCAUGGCCAGGGACUACGAUUACCUCUUCAAGCUGCUCAUCAUCGGGGACAGCGGGGUGGGGAAGAGCAGUCUCCUCCUGCGAUUUGCAGACAACACAUUUUCAGGUAGCUACAUCACCACAAUCGGUGUUGACUUUAAGAUCCGAACAGUUGAGAUCAACGGGGAGAAGGUGAAGCUACAGAUCUGGGAUACAGCAGGACAGGAGCGCUUCCGCACAAUCACAUCCACGUACUACAGAGGAACACAUGGGGUCAUAGUGGUGUACGACGUCACGAGCGCAGAGUCCUUCGUCAAUGUGAAACGAUGGCUACAUGAAAUCAACCAGAACUGUGACGACGUGUGCCGAAUAUUAGUGGGAAACAAAAAUGACGACCCGAACUCCAAGGUGGUGGAGACGACUGACGCGCAGAAGUUUGCAGAGCAGAUGGGGAUCAACCUGUUUGAGACGAGUGCAAAAGAGAACAUCAACGUUGAAGAGAUGUUCAACUGCAUCACAGAGCUAGUGCUAAGAGCCAAGAAGGAGGUGCUGGCCAAGCAGCAGCAGCAGCAACAGAACGACGUGGUCAAACUCACCCGGAACAGUAAACGGAAGAAGAAGUGCUGCUAGCGGCCUCCGAGGCCCCCCCCCCACCCCCCACCAAAGGCCCGCGGCGUAUAUUCUUGACACAAGCAUACACACAAGAUGGGACUCAGAGCUUCUAAAUUAAAGAGCAGAUAAAGAUUUAAUAAAUAUACAGAGAAAGAUUAAAAAAAAAAUACAAAA